AUGGCUAAGCUAAGCAGAAAGGACAGCCACAGUCCUGGGGUGGGUGUCGCCACCCAGGCCUCUGUUUACCUUCCAGAGGCUGACAGUGCUCUCUCGCCAGAGGAAACAGCCAUGGAGCAAGUCUGCCAGCCCGAAGAGAUGAAAUGCCUUCAAGGCACCCACUUAAACCAAAGCCCAGGCAAGUCCUGUGACCCCUUGGCUCUUAAGGAAGCUCUGGUGUGUGCCUCCCAGUUGGAGGUAGAGGAACAAAAUGAAGAAGAGAGGGAGGAGGAGCUGGAACCAGAUUUAGCCCCUGACCUGGAGGAGGAGGAAGAGGAGGAGGAAGAGAAUGAUCUCGGGGAUCCAGCUGUCCUCAGCGCUGUCCGUAACAUCCAGAAAGGUCUUCUCAGCUCCCCUGGAAUCAAGGCCCCUGGUGUGCUGGGGAUGUCGCCUGCUUCCUUGCACUUUCUGUGGCAGACCCUGGACUACCUGGCACCACUUCCUUUCCGGCCUGCCUUUCCCAGCACCAGCACUGCAGCCCCGCACUUCGGACCUCGACUGCCCUCGCCAGACCCAUCUGUCCUCUGCAGCCCGUCGACCUCGUGGCCCCUUAGGCUCAGUCAUCUGACCCAGCUCCACCCUCAGCACCAACGGAUCUUGAAGCAACAGCAGCAGCAUGGUCGACCACCAAGUCCCCCAGCCAAGAAGCCUUGGUCUCAGCAGCCAGACCCCUAUGCUAACCUCAUGACCCGAAAAGAGAAGGACUGGGUGGUAAAAGUGCAGAUGGUUCAGCUGCAGAGUGAGAACCCCCGCCUGGAUGACUAUUACUACCAGGAAUAUUAUCAGAAACUAGAGAAGAAGCAGGCAGAUGAAGAGCUGCUUGGGCGAAGGAGCAGGUUUGAGUCCUUCAAGCUGGUCACACCUUACAUUCAGAAGGCAGAGGCUUAUGAGUCAGUGGUUCGAAUCGAGGGUUCCCUGGGCCAGGUAGCUGUAUCAACGUGUUUUAGCCCUCGCCGAGCUAUUGAUGCUGUGCCCCAUGGAACUCAAGAGCAGGAGACAGGAGCUGCAAGCAGUCAGAGGCUUCAGGUGUUGUACCGGAUUGAGAAGCUGUUCCUUCAGUUACUAGAGAUAGAGGAGGGCCAGAAGGAUGGGCCUGCACAGCCCUGUGAGCAGCAGAGCAGCCAGCUUGAGAAGCUCUUCCAGGCCUUAAAGACCCAGGAACAGAAUAAUCUGGAGGAGGCAGCAGAUGGCUUCCUGCAGGUGCUCUCCGUGAGGAAGGGAAAAGCCCUAGUGGCCCGGCUGCUCCCCUUUCUGCCCCGGGAUCGAACUGUCAGCCUUCUUCUGACCAUCACCCGCCAUCUGCCCCUCCUUGUCAAGAGGGAUGUGGCUGAUCAGGCCCUGCAAACGUUAUUUGAACCUCUGGGCAAAUGUAUCGGCCGCUUGACCUUCCAUGAACUCCUCCAAGGACUUCAGGGACUCAUGCUGCAACCACCUGGCUCCUCAGAGCGGCCAGUCACUGUGGUGCUGCAGAAUCAGUUUGGAAUAUCUUUGCUCUAUGCCCUGCUAAGUCAUGGGGAACAGCUGAUAUCCCUGGAUUCUUCCCUAGAGGAACCCAGCAGUGACCACACAGCUUGGACAGACAUGGUAGUUCUCACUGCCUGGGAGAUAGCUCAAAUGCCCACAGCCUCUCUGGCAGAACCCCUGGCCUUCCCCAGCAACCUUCUUCCUCUGUUCUGUCACCAUGUGGACAAACAAUUGGUACAGCAGCUGGAGGCUAGGAUGGAGUAA